AUUAUUCCAAGCAAUUUUGGAUUUGGAACAAACUUUAAGUAUGAUCUAAAUAUAUGCGUUACUCGCAAGGUCAUGAAAGGUGCAAUUGAACAGAAACUUAAACCACUGGACCCACUCCAUACUGAAAUAGUUGACUUUUCAGAUGGAUGCGGUCUGAAAUUUGAUGUAAAAGUCGUCUCAAAAGAAUUCGAGGGUAAAUCACUUGUUGACAGACACAGAAUUGUUCAUAAACUGUUAGAAGAGGAAAUGAAAUCAAUACAUGCCCUCACUUUAAAAACGUUAACUCCUUCACAAUGGUCUCAUAAACCUUCUUAAUACUUUCAUCUUAUUGAGCAAAUAUCGGGCUCGAUAAUUGGAAGUCGUCGUAUAUUUUUGUAAAUAAAUAUCACUAUGGUAUCAGGAAUUUUUCGGCCAGCCUGAAUUACAUGCCAUGGGAACGAGUUGAAUAUACUUGCGUCUUCACGUAACGGUGUAGAUUCAAAACGAUUGCACUAGUGUCACUAAUCAAUCUUAAUUUUAGGAGGUGCAUUAAUCCUCGUGACUGGAGUCGUAGCUACGGGUAUAUGUAGAAGGAAAUAGGACAUAUCAGUUAAUCAAAAGUAAUGUGGACAGAUAUUGAUGUAUUCAUUCAGUAAUUGUGGUUCAUUUUCAAAUAGUGAGCUCAUGUUUAGGGAAAGUAGGGUUCUUGGUUUGCUCAUAAAUCCCGUUUAUCAUACUCGCUGACAUAGCACUUACUGCUUUAUUGUACCCUUUUUGUAAAAUAUCCUGCGCCACCAACAUGACGGAGUUGAGUCAGUUAUAUUAUGUAAAACAAGCCCAUGUGAUUCCGUGCAAUCCACCUGUUUGACUUCAUGUUAGCCCAUUUUCCUAGCUGUAUUCAAAAUACUGCUAUGUCGUAUUUACUUUGUGAAUUGAGUUCGGGUUCACCAUUUCCGAAGUACGGAUACCUUAGAGAUCCUUUUAGUACAGAACAGAAUCUAUACUAACUGAACGACCAUUACACAAUACUCCGACGAGAAUCCCCCGGAGAUUAAUUAGAUGCCUUGUGUAAUUAAAAACCCUAGGAGAAUUAAGUCAGGUGUUAAUUCACUAAUUUUUAAUUCGAGAAUCUUACUGACUGGGCGAUUGUCAAUUGACAGAAAGUCACAGUGAAUUAAUCAGCACACAGAAUGCAUUGAAAAUUUAGUUACUAACGGCGACUAUAAACUUAACUAACAGAAUUCACAUUGAAUAAGUUAAUGCAACGAAAAUACGUUGACAAUCGACUAAAUGAGGAUCACCUUAGAUCGACGUUCGAGUCCAAGAUUGAUUUUCUACCCUGCACAUUUUGCUUGGAGCUAAAUCUCCCUUCGUUCUUCCCAAUGAUGCAGCCGUAACCGGAUGGGUCUGGGCCAUUUGUCUGACUGACAGUAGACAGACGAUUGAGAAAAAAACUGGAGGCAUGAGCGUUAACAUCGACCGUAAUGUAUCUGUGAAGUGGUAUAUAUUCAUAGGUUUUACUGCUGAUUUGUCUCCUUGAAUUUAUUCGUCUCCUGAUUAGCUUGGUCAUCUUGUUGAUAUGAUAUCCUUAUAACGCACUACAUUACAAUGUCUUGAUUUGAUGGAAUGCCAUGCACAACGACGCCAACGAGUAUUUAUCUUAUCUCUGGGCGACUUGCUGCUAGUAUAAUGCAAAAACUACCAAAUGCUUUGGAACAGGACUCGACUCGUCACAAGGGAGACAAACUUUGAGACCACAAUGUCCAUUUGACUGAACCAGUGUAGUAUCAUGUCUAAUAUUUGUCGACUGUUGGUCUUGGGCAGCGACAUCAUUAGAAGUUAACUUAGGGUUCUGGUCGAUGUACAUCGACUAGUCACAGAUAGGGUUAAGGAAACUAUAUUAGUUUCAAGAAGAGUAUUGGAGAGAUUCUCAGUCAACCUGUGCUGUUUAUACACUAAUCCCUUACAUUAAUCUUCACGGCUUCCUACAAUCACUUAUAGCUAUUGUUGUGAAACUAGUUGACGGUUAGGCUUUCAAAGACUGAAAUUCAAUUAGUUCAACUAAUUAAUGCCUGUGGAAAGCCUAUUUUUACAAUAGGUAGUAGGACUACAUACGAACAAUAGGGUGCGUUAUCUGACAUGGUUAAUUAUAUGGAAUGCGUCCAGUGGCUUUGAAGUAUUCGGAUAUAUAAUGACCAAGUCAGGACAGUUGUGCUCAAUGCUUGUGACUCUUCACGUUGAAAAAGUUAAGCGACUCUCUGCGUUUGACCGUAAUAUUCGAUAGAUUGCUGACAUCCAGUGGCAACACUACGUUAGUGGCGUAAAGUUUCGGCAACAUGUGUCAAGGCACAGCAAAGAUAAUCCCGUUGGUAUUACCAUCUUGGAACAUCGACUUCGGUCGCUUAGACAUGUAUCAAGAAUAUCAUCCAGAGAUUUCUACAUCGUGCAUUACUUACCGUCGCCGGGACUGACUGGAAAAAGCGGAGAGAUGGUCAGUGUAUGACAUGAUGUCCUGGUGUGAAAGCUGUACAGGACUGGCUUGUGUUGGUCCUCCACGACUUCCUGGUUGGCUCCUAGAGAUUGUGCAACAGUGACUAGAGACGUUAUCAGACAUGGCUCAGAAUAAAAGCCAGUAACGAUACUACUGCAACUUUCUUCACAAAAAGUGAACGUAACUUUUUUAAUUGAAAGAAUCAUUUCUGGUUAUAUUUUUUGCUAACUGAAGUGUUUCUCCCAUUAUUAUAUAUCCCACUCUCAUACAUUAAUUGCCGUUCGUUGUUGUUGCCACUUUAUUAUACGCACUUUACAUUCUCUAUCUCUUCAAAACCUCAUUGCUAUUCUGUAGUGCACAUGUAUUUGGUGCCCCCUUGUACUAAUGUUUAUGUAUUCAACUAAAUAAAAUUUUAAAACCCU